UUUAUAAAAAUUAUUCGUCUAAAACGACAAAGUUUUUAAAAUUAUUUGUUUUUAAAAUCCCACACCACACACAACAUAAUCACACGGCAUUCAAAAGUCGAAUAAUACAUAUACUUUUAAUACUACGCGAUGCUAACUCUUGGUGAACAGGAACAUCAGCCGAAAACGACGGCGGUGUUGCUUAAGGUUCUCGGUUUCGUUCUCUUCGCCGUCCUAUUCUAUUGCGUCUUCCAAUUGAACGCAUUCGGUCUGCUGCGUCGACUGCUGCGCCGACAUAGGAAGAGGCAGAAGCAGAGCAGAAGAAAUAAUUUGGGACGCAGACAUAUGCAUUUGCACGUUUAUAGGCGCGAGCGACGCACUCACACACGGCAUGGGCAGAGGAUCGGGCUAGAGAUAGAGUUCGAGCAGUUUCCGAAACUAAUUUUGCCACUCUCUACAACGCAGAAAUCCGUGAUGAAUCACCUACGGGUGCACAAAUUCAAGAUCGGCGGCAAGGACAGCAGCAGCGCCGCUUCCUCGGACAACAAUAACACGAACAACAACAACAACAAUAACAAUAACCAAAAUGGAAACGGCAGUGGCAGUGGCGGUGGCGGUGGCGGUGCCAAAGGUUUCAUUACGCGCAUCAAACGGUACUCGGUGCUGGGGAGCAAGCUGAGUCGCCGCCACCUGGGGAGUCUCAACCUACAGCCGUCGGCUGCCGGAUCGGAGACUGGCGCCAGUGGAGAGCGUACUGGCUCUGGGCAGUCGCCCGGCAAAACGGUAUCCGGCAGCUACAACAUGACCGGCAGCCACUCGGACGACCAUCGGCUGGAGAUCGGUGCCCCGGUGCUGAUAUCGACCACCACAUUGGACACGGACCGCUUUGAUGUGACCGAGGCGCGACUCAAGCAAAUUGGCGGAGGCAUUGCCCAGACCUCGACCAUUGUGCGCACCCUGACGCCGCGUAGUUCCGACGAGGAGGAGUUUUUAGAUGCCCGCUGUACGCAGCUGGAUCGGGAUGAACGGGAUGAACGGGAUGAGCCAGAGGAGUUUCAGACGCCGAUACAUCAGCCACAGGAAGAAGGCCACGAAGAGCCACAGUCACAAAAGGAAGAAGAACCACUGAAGGAUGAGCCAGAGCCACAGUCACAGAAGGACUUCAAAAAAGAUCUAUUGGAGGAGGAUAAGGAGGAGAAGGAGGAGAAGAUGGUGGUGCCACCGAUGCGACGAGCCAACAUUGCCCGCCAGCAGCAGGCCAUGUCCGUGCAGAAUUUGCACCGAACCGAACUUAAGGUCUACCUGCACAAGUCGCCAUCGAUGACGAUGGACAUGAACGCGACGGCUCCGGGGCAUCUUGGGCCGGGCCUGAACAUGCCCGAGCUGCCGGAGCUGUAUGGCGACAGCAAGCUGAGCCUGGCGGCCAGCGACAUGGAGAACGACAAGGAAAAUACACCAGUCGAUGAUGGCAUGCCACCCGUCGCCAAUGGAGUAGCAGGAUUCCUGUCACAGCAGCCACGCUUCAAGAGCAUCGAAUCGUUCCAGUUGCACAGCCGCUCGAAGCGCAGCUCCUCCCAGCCGAGCUCCAAGCAAAGCUCCAAGAUGAGCCUCGACUGCUCGGUACACAGCUUUGACUUUGACUUUAAGUCGGUUAGCUAUCAGAGCCUAAAUGCCCAGGACCUGAUGGUGUCCAUUGACGAGCUGCAGGAGAUUACGCAGCAGAUCAACGAGACGGAGGACUUCACCAAGGAGGUGGAUCUGGAGUACUGCGAGCACCGGGAUCAGCUGCCUGCCAGCGAGCGGCGCAUUACGCUGCUGAAGAACAAGAACCAGACACUGAUCCACUUUACCCAGCAGAGGGAGAAGCUGCGCAAGGGCUGGCAUGGCAUGAAGCACUGGCUCGGCGAGGAGGGCAUCCGCUUAAAGGAGGCUGUCCGCCAGCAGACGCCCCUCAAGCGUCUGGCCCGCUCACGCAGCAAUUUAAAUCAAUCGACCACAGACGCGAAUCGUCUGUCCCCAUCGCCGGAUCGCACGACGCGCGACAUCACCGAGAGCUGUGAGGAUAUCACCAAUCGCACGGAACUGCUGGACUCCUCCAUGUCCCAGAGGGCAAACAGCGAUGAGGAUUUGUCACCAAAUGCCAAGCGCUUCAAGGAUGAGGGCCAGAAUGGAUUCGAGGAACUGCGUCGCUACAUCAAGCAGGGCGGAGACUUUAGCAAGGAGCUCAUAUUCGUCCUGCAGGAGCGUGCCGAUACCGAAUUGAUCUACUCCAAAUCGCUCUCGAAGCUGGCCAAUAAGCUGAACAAGGCUGGUCGCGAGAUACCUGGCAGUGUGGCGGAUGCCUGGCGUGGCGUGGCCACCGAAAUGGAGAGCCGCAGCGAUAUCCACCGCCAGCUGGCGGCCUCCCUCACCGAUGAGCUGGUGAAGCCGCUCAAGGUGGUAGUCGAGAGUCACCACAAGGCGCGCAAGGCGGUUGAAAGCACUGUGGAUAAGGCCGCUCGGGUGCUCAGCGAAUGGCGCAUAGCGGAGGCCAAGGCCAAGAAGGCCUCACAUACGGCGGCGCGUGAGAACGAGAAGUUGCAGGACGCCAUGCUGGAUGUGCGCAUCCAGAAGUCGCCAUCCAUUGCCAUGCUCCACCAGGGCCCCAACAAGAUCUCCGCCGAAAAGGAGCUGAAGAACGCGGAGAAGGACUGCGUGAAGCUGGACAACAAGCGCAAGAAGGCCGAGGAGGCUGUGAAGCGUGCAGAUGUCGAUUACUACACAAUGUGUGUGCGCGCCGAACGGGCACGCGUCGACUGGGAGAUGGCCGUGCUCCGUGGCAGCUCUCAGCUGCAGACCAACGAGCAGCAGCGUCUCGCGAAUAUGCACAACUUUGCCCAGCAAUACGGUCGCCUCAUCUCCGAUAUAAAUCCCAUACUCGGUGGCCUCACCUGCCGCCUGCAGCCGCAGCUGGAUGCCUGCAAUGUCGACAAGGAUAUGCUGGUGGUGAGCAAUAUUCGCCACCAUUCGGAGGGCCCCAGCGAGCAGCUGCUGCCCGACUUUUACUGCGAACACACCACACUGGCCAUGAAUCGCGAGCGGCGCAAGCAUGCGCUCAUCAAGCUCCUGCAGCUGGUGAAAACCGAUCUGGAACGCGAGCGAAAGUCACGCGACGGCCUCCGCGGCCUCUCACAGUCGUUGAAUAACCAGGAGAACCAAAACAUCACCGACAAGUUGUAUCACAUUCGAUCCAUGCUCACAUAUCUGGAGGGAUCACGCAUCAAGCUGCAGUCGGCCCUCCUGGAGCUAGACCACAAGCCCCGCACCACACAUCCCCUGGCCCAGCACAUUCAGAUCACGCGGGAUCGCACUGGCCUUCAACAGAGCAUUCUGAAGGUGCCCAAUUGGCUGAAGAACAACGACAAGUCGCAGCAGUCCACAGGGCUGGAUGUGAGUGGUGCCGGCGCCCAAGAUGAUGAGCAGGAGGAGGAUGCCUGCUCCCAGAUGAUGGGCAACGCGCUCAGCAACAGCUCCUGUGCGGACAUCAGUGUGACGACGGCGGGGGGGCCAGCGCUGAAGCACUUCAAUCGGAGCAAGAGCAACAUUGAGACCUUCAACACCAGCCAACCAAAGAUAAUCUCCGCGACGAACGGCUCGCUGGCCGCUGUGGCACUGGCGGCGGCGUCUGUCAAAUGCAAGACCAUACCUGCGAACCACCACCAUCACCCUCACCACCACAACCAUCACCAGGGCAGCGAUCGCGGCCAGGCGGAUGGCGGCUCCAAUCAGCAGGACUCGGACUUUGAUGAAUUCAGCUCACAGGACGAGGACGAGGAGGAUGCGGGCCCCAUCAAGGGACAGCAGGGAGCACAGUUGCAGUCUCAAAACCAAAACCAGAUGCCGACGCAGCAUUUCUAUCAGAAUGCGCAGGAUCUGCAGAAGGGCGGCCAUGGCCAGGGCCAAGUGCUCGGACGAUGCAAGGCGCUCUACAGCUACACACCAAAGCUCUACGAUGAACUGGAACUGAGUCCCGGCGACAUCAUCGAAGUUCAUGCCAAGCAGGAUGACGGCUGGUGGCUGGGGGCACUGCGGAAUCACAUUGGCAUCUUUCCUGCCACCUAUGUGGAGGAGUGCUAGGAGAGCACAGCAGAAGGAGAUGCCCCCUGAAGCAUCACUAGAUAUAUAGUACGUGUGUGUGAGAGUUCUGUGUGUGUGAAUGCGUUUCGAAUAUAAGAGUGUGGCGAUGCGAUGCGAGGCGAAGCGAGGCUCCUGCGCGUUUGACUUAGAAAAUGCUGCUGCGAGGAUUUGCAUGUGCGUUUAUUUAUCAUUUGGAAAUAUAUUUUAUAUUAUUAUUAAUUCACGUAAAACAUAUAUUGUAUUG